CUUCCUCCUCCUCCUCCUCCUCCUCCUCCUCCUCCUCCCCACCCCUCAGGGGGGCGGCGAUCGGGCGGCGGGGAGGGCGAGGAGGAUGCCACGGAAGCUGUUGCUGCCUCACAGAGCUGUUUGUCCUCCCUUUCGGGCUCCCCGGGGGCCGCAUGAGGCGCUGGCGAUGAACGCUGCCAGGAGCGGCUACCGGGUCUUCUCGGCCAACUCCACCGCCGCCUGCACCGAGCUGGCCAAGCGCAUCACCGAACGUCUCGGCGCUGAGCUGGGGAAAUCCGUGGUGUAUCAGGAAACCAAUGGAGAAACAAGAGUUGAAAUCAAAGAGUCUGUCCGGGGACAGGAUAUCUUCAUUAUCCAGACCAUCCCCAGAGAUGUGAACACUGCCGUCAUGGAGCUGCUGAUAAUGGCUUAUGCACUGAAGACCUCCUGUGCCAGGAACAUCAUCGGGGUCAUCCCUUACUUCCCCUACAGCAAACAGAGCAAGAUGAGGAAGAGGGGCUCCAUAGUCUGCAAGCUGCUGGCUUCCAUGCUGGCCAAGGCAGGGUUAACGCACAUUAUCACCAUGGACCUUCAUCAGAAGGAGAUCCAAGGCUUCUUCAGCUUCCCCGUAGACAACCUGCGGGCAUCCCCUUUCUUGAUUCAGUACAUACAGGAAGAAAUUCCGGAUUACAGAAACGCAGUUAUUGUAGCCAAAUCUCCUGAUGCAGCUAAAAGGGCUCAGUCUUAUGCUGAGAGACUACGGCUGGGACUAGCAGUGAUCCACGGAGAGGCUCAGUGCACAGAGCAGGACAUGGACGACGGCCGUCACUCCCCUCCGAUGGUCAAAAAUGCAACCGUGCACCCUGGCCUGGAGCUGCCUUUGAUGAUGGCCAAGGAGAAGCCGCCGAUAACCGUGGUGGGAGAUGUUGGAGGAAGAAUCGCCAUCAUCGUGGAUGACAUCAUCGAUGACGUGGAGAGCUUUGUGGCCGCCGCCGAGAUUCUGAAAGAGCGCGGAGCCUACAAGAUCUUCGUGAUGGCCACGCACGGGCUGCUGUCUGCGGACGCCCCCCGCCUCAUAGAGGAGUCCUCCAUCGACGAGGUGGUAGUAACCAACACGGUUCCUCACGAGGUACAGAAGCUGCAGUGCCCCAAGAUAAAGACUGUGGACAUCAGCCUGAUCCUCUCCGAAGCCAUCCGGCGAAUCCACAACGGGGAGUCCAUGGCCUAUCUCUUCCGCAACAUCACCGUCGAUGACUAGAGCUGGUGCUGCCCCUGUCCUGGCUUCCACGAGAGAGGGAAAUGUGCAUGAGCAGGCAACGCCAUAAGUUAUAGACGUAACUCAGCUGUUUAUUCUUGUAGGGAGGGUGAAGGUUCUCAGGGUGGUGAGCCGUGAGAUCCCAUAGGAACAAAUCCACCUGACCAGCACUUUACAGGUGAACGGGAGGGGCCGCUGGCCGUGGGGGGGGGUCUACAUCCCGCAGAGAGAGACGGAGAAGUGAGGAGGGUUUGAACUUUGAAAUUCCUUUAUUUUUUUAGCGUUAUCUCUUGCUCUGCAGGGGAGGGGGGGAGUGAGAAAAGCCUUGCUGCCAGCUCACGGGAAGGGAACAGGGGACGCUCAUCGCCGCACGCGGACAGUGGCAGAGGAAGCGGCCUUGGGGUUUCUGUUCCUGGCUGUGGUUCGCCCGGGACAGCGCCGAAAGGAGCCUCACUCGGCUCCGUGCCAGCCUCUGCUCCUCUCCCCCAGCCUGGCACGUCCUGCUGGCAGAGCCCGGAGCCACGAAGGGCAGCUGGGGGCAAGCUCAAAACCCCUCGUGACUGGGAGCGAGCUCUCCCCUACCUCCCGGCAGGGCAAGAGGUGCUCGUUAACGUGCUGGCCUUUUCGUUUCGAGAGCCUUGGAUCGUUACCGUGCCUCGGGGGGGGGGGAAGGCACACGAGGCUCUGGGUCCUCGCUUGAACACUCGUCUGCACUGCACGGCCGGGCACGGCUGCUGGAGGGGCCUGGGGCUGCUGGGCUGGGGCAGAACCUGGUGGGGAAGGGGGGGGGGAUGGGACGAUGCCUCUGCUGCAGCUGGGCUCUCCGGAACACUAACACUGAAUCUGCAAUAAAGAGCAUAGGAUUUA